AUGGCGGCGUUGCAAGAGGUCGUAGUGGCGGCGGCGUCGGUAGAUUCGCCCGUGUGCGUCUGGGACCUCACCACCGGGUCGCUCCUCGCGUCGCUAGUGUCGUCCUCGUCGCAGCGGCGCGGGCUGUGCGCAAUGGGACGCGACCACGUGGCGGUGUCGCAGCUGACGCGCGGCGAGUCCAAGGCGGGCGCCGUGAACGUGUGGUCGUGGAGGAAGUCCGCGGUGGCGGUGCGCAGCCCGACGACGGAGGCCAUAGGACCGCUGGCGGCGACCGCGGACGGGGUGUACCUUUGCGGCGGCGGCGUGUCGGGGCGCGUUUACGUGUGGGAGGCGGCGACCGGGCGGCUGCUGCGCGUGUGGGCGGCGCACUACCGCGCGGUGACGUGUCUUGCGCUGUCGGACGACGACGCGCUGCUGGUGUCGGCGGGGGAGGACAGCAUCAUCCACGUCACACCCCUCGUGCGAAUCUCCCCGCGCGCUUGCUCUUCUCAUGGUCGAACGACACCUAAGCCUUCCGCUCAUCUCGCCCUGUGCUUCUCCUUCUCAUCUUCUCCCUCUGUAUCUCUUCAAUGCUCGCCCGCGAUCCCCCUCUCCCGUCAGGCCAUCACGUCGCUGUGGAUGGCAGCGGGCGGAGUCAACUCCGUGCUCGUCUCGUCCUCCUCUGACCACUCCUGCAAGAUCUGGAGUCUAGCAAUGGGGGCGCUGCUGCGGUCGUACGUGUUUCCGGUGGCCGUGACAGCAGCAGCCAUGGACCCGGGCGAGUACACGCUGUAUGCGGGGGGAGCGGAUGGCAACAUCUACCUCACGGCACUCAACUUCACGGCCGUCAGCAGCAGCGCCAUGGACCCCAUGACGCAUGAUGAUGCCCUCAUCGGCCACAGCUCGCUACACAUGCUCGCUCGCCCUCUCCCCUUCUGCAUCUCUCCUUACUCUCCGCCCUUUCCUUUCCCCCCCAACAGUCACAGCAUCACGGCACUGGACUGCUCCGCACCUUCACCAACUGCAAAGGUGCGCCUGUUCUCCCUCCCUCCCUCCUCCCUCGCUCCCUUCCUCACUCCCGUCCUGCCCGCCCACCCGCCAUCCCCUCCCCUUACACUCCUUCGCCCAUCCCCUCCCCUUACACUCCUUCGCCCAUCCCCUCCCCUUACACUCCUUCGCCCAUCCCCUCCCCUUACACUCCUUCGCCCAUCCCCUCCCCUUACACUCCUUCGCCCAUCCCCUCCCCUUACACUCCUUCGCCCAUCCCCUCCCCUUACACUCCUUCGCCCAUCCCCUCCCCUUACACUCCUUCGCCCAUCCCCUCCCCGUCCCAUCCCCUCUCCCCUCCUCCCCCCUCCCUCCUUUCCACAUCCACCCUCUCCCCCAACCCCCCACCCCCUCCCCCCCCCCGCCAGGCCCAGUCUCCUGCCUCUUGGUCCUCCUUAA